AUGGCAAACGACCAGGACCACGUUGCAAAACAGAACAUGGCAGGAGUCGACAUUGGGCGCAACAUGCCAAGCACAUCAUUGCCAGCCAUGAGUUCAGAAGAGGAGGUGGUGGCGGACCUGGACGAGCCUCCAGAACCAUCGCGCACUCCCCGGCCAGCACCUCUAGCCCCCAGAGACUCUUCUUUCGCCAAAUCCAAACCUACCGUCGACCGCAAAGAGUCGCUCUUGACAAGCGCACUCAAAUCAAACUCCAGCACAAGCUCGCCAAUCGACGACCAGUCCGAUAGAAGUCCCGUCCGCGGCAUGUCAUGUGUAUCGACGUGCAGCAACACCAGCAGUUGCACUACGGCCGAACUGACCAGUGAUGGCGGCUUUACGAGCCCGGGUACACGAACCACUACGCCUAGUCCACCACUGCCUUCGACAAUGUUCCACGGUAUGGGAUCCACCAUCCAGAAGAAGCCGUUUGAGCUUCCCAUCUCGGUGAAGCUGCGAGCGGGAGAUACCCUGGGGCACGUUCAGAACUCUCCACUACCUUCGAACCCUGAGAAGCAAGUGGAAGCCGCCUUGGGAAGGAAGAGAUGCAUCAUGUUCGCUUGUGGACAGAAGGAGGAGAAGAAGACAUCAUCAGAAGCACCAGCUAAUCCGACCCCUGGCCCCCCAUCGGAAGAGCCUCCGAAGCGAGCUUGCACCAUCAAGUUUGCCUGCCCAACCAAAAUUUCCACAGAUGCGCCCUCCAAAGAGGGUAGCUCACGCGCUCGCAUGGCUAGCCCGGCGCCGUUGGCUCGUGUCAAAAUGACAUCUCCUAAACUGCCUUCCAAAGUUCAUCGCGACUCUGAUUCGACUGUGCGCAACAACUCACCCGUGAGUGUUCGCAAAGCCCCUACCGUGGAUCGAACUCGCCGUUUGAGCUCCAAUUCAGACCUAGCUCGCUGCGAGGCUUACCGUUUCCAUGAGUUUGCAAGCUCAGAGGAAGAGAUCGAAGAGUGGACACAAGAGGUCACGUGCCAUCGCAAUCGACUUACUGUGCAAGAUACCUUGAAGAUCGAAAACAACCUCCGCAAGCUAGGCGAAGAGGUUGCGGAAGAGGAGGCACUGGAGGAUGACGAAGAUGAGGAUGAUGAGGAUGUCGUGGAUAUGGAUGACGAUGACGAGCUUUUGGACGAUGACGAUGAGGACAGCGAUGCCUAUAGCGACAAGACUGACGAGGGCUUUCAGACCGAUGACGAGGAAGGGUUUGCUGUCUCGGAUGAUGAAAGUGACGCUGGCUCCGAUUACAACUGGUGGGUCCCCGGGGCGUCGACUGCCGCGACAUCUAUUGAACAUCUUGAGCAACUUCGACUCAAAGUGCAUCGUACGCUUUCCGAGUCUUCCAUUGGAUCGUUGGAGAGCCGCGACGGACAUCUUAAAAUUUCAGAUGUGCCUUCCAAGCGAAGAAAGUCGAGGCCUGUCAACAUCCGCGUUCCGAGUCCAGAGCUACCCGACAGUACAGACUUUGUCUGUGGGACCCUAGAUGAGGACAGACCUGCAGAGGCCAUGUACAUGGCAACUCUGGAGCGUCGACGUGCAGCCAAGCACAAGCCUACCCCUCAAGACAUCGACCCCACCUUUCCGACCUCGGAUCCUGAACUACCAGACGAUGACGAGGAUGAAGUGUCUGAAGUCGAGAAUCUUGCUUCAGAGAGUGACUUCCUCCAUGGCCGUAUGGACCCUCUUGAUGCCGACCUUCGUGGCCGUCGCAAAGCCCUUCCCGUGAAGCGCUCUCCGCUACCCUCACCAAAGCGACUCCGCUCACCACCCCCAAUGAAGCGGGCUGUUCAUCGUUCGCCUCCCCCGCCUACCAAGCGCAGUGCGCAUCGGUCACCACCGCCUCGCAAACUGUUUGGAACCUCACCCAGACGACAACAUUCGCCUCCGCCCACUCGUUUACGGUCUCCCCCGCCUACUCGUCGUGGUUCCGUCAAUCCCGUGGCGAUGCGUCAGCGCGGCGACAUGUCGAUCCGCUUUGCUGGUCUGGCGGAACGGCCUGCGCCGACGGUGUCGGCGUCGGUACCCCGAACGCCCAUUACCAUGAGGAACCCAUUUGAACUGGACGAGGAGGAGACCAACGCUGACGACAUGCCCAUACGUCGGGCUAUUGAUAUCCAGGUCGGGCUCGAGAAGAAGAGGCAACGUCGCAGAGAGCGAUUGUACCGCAAGCAACAUUGCAAGGCGGUCAAGGAGAAGCGGCCGGCACCAGGCCGUGGUGCCGAACGCAUGCGCGAGAUGGGUCUGGCUGCCCACGCGCACAAGGGAAGGACGACAGCCUUUGGACCUUUCCAGAUCCCGACUGCGGCUGAUCAGCAAGACAUGCACGUCUUGUCUGUUUAG